AUGUCUGACAUCAACCAAAUUAAACAAAAUAUUAAGCAAUCUUUGCCAAAGAGUGGCACCAAAGCUAAGCAAUUUGACUCCAAAACUAUUCAACACAUCAACAGCUACCCUUUAGUUAAAGACAUUGAACAGUUGGUUUUAUCAAUUUCCCUUGUUCAAGUUAUCCACCAACAACUUGUCGUGCCAAUUUACAAUUUUCUCAUUACUAACAUUUUGACGAUUUCGCCAAUUUACGAAGUUGCUGGUUUAUUUGACGGAUUGAGUCUUUACGCAUUGGGCAUUUUCGACUAUUUUUUCAUUGAGUUGCCAAAUUAUUUCAUUAGCUUGAUUGUCAAUAACUUUAUCAAACCUAUUAACCAACACAUUAUCCACAUCAAUAAUCAGUUUUUGAAGCCAGUCGAAAAUGAAGCUGAAGAUUCCCUUUUCCAGAUUUACUACACUUUGAAACUGAUUGUGUUGAAUGCCACCAGCGUCGCAUACUCUAAUGCAAAUGAAAUUCAACUGCACAUUGUAUCUACUUUCAAUCAAGAAUUGAAGGCUACUUCCAAGGAUAAAUCCACUUUGGAAAAAAAUUUGACUGCUAGUUACAAUACUGGAGUUAAAACCGUCAAGACGAUUAAUGACGAUUAUAUUGUUCCCUUGAAGAAUCAAACUCAAGAGUUUGUGUCAAAUGGAAGAAAAAAUGCCGAGUCAUUUAUCAAGGAGACUAGAGACAAGAUUGAGCCAAAGUUGAAUGGAGCUGCUGCUGAGUUAAAUAAUAGAAAGGAUGAUUUGUUGAAGAAUAACUCUGUCCCUGUUCCUGCAAACUAA